CCAACACGGCCACGAACCGGUUUCCUACACACUCGUAGCAGAUUUCAAGAUCAAACGCACACGUUUACGCAUUCAGACGUAGCUUAAAAUACUUUCCCCCCAUCGUUGUGGACAGUCUUUGCCUAGCAUUCGUAUUGAAAGGAGAAACAAUUCUGCGUCAUGGCACCGAUCGUUUUGUACAGUACGCGCCGCACACCGGCCGGUAGGGCCGUAGAACUAACGGCAAAGAUGAUCGGUCUGGAUCUGGAUGUGCAGUACAUCGAUCUGACCAAGAAGGAACAGCUGACGCCCGAGUACCUCAAGAUGAAUCCGAUGCACACGGUACCCACCAUCAACGAUAAUGGUGUGCCACUGUACGACAGUCACGCCAUCAUUAUCUAUCUUGUGUCGAAGUACGGGAAAGAUGACAGCCUCUAUCCGACGAAGGAUUUGGUCAAGCAGGCCAACAUCAACGCACUGUUGCACUUUGAAUCGGGUGUUCUUUUCGCUCGGCUGCGAUGGAUUCUGGAGCCGGUGUUUUACUGGGGACAGACGGAGGUACCGCAAGAGAAAAUCGACUCGGUGCUGAAGGCGUAUGAGCUGCUAGAGGCCACACUUACUACUGGCGGUACGGAUUAUCUGGUUGGUAGUUCGAUCACACUGGCGGACAUUUCCGUCAGUACGUCGCUUAGCACGCUCAAUGCACUGUUCCCGGCCGAUGCUGCCAAAUAUCCAACCGUUUUGGCAUAUCUGAAGCGUCUCGAACAAACCAUGCCGAACUACAAGGAAAUUAACACUGAACGUGCGAAUGAGGCACUGCAGCUGUACAAUCAGAAGCUCGGCAAAGUGUAACCUGGGACAAACCUUCUGUCCUAAAAUGUGCAUUUAAAAGGCAAAGUACUCAGUGAGAAAUAAAAUUUUACAAUCGCUUAUGAAA